AUGAAGAGACAAACGCUUCCUCUAUUGUCAUUAGCAGGUGCAGUUGCUGCGCAGAGUGCUGCGUACGGGCAAUGCGGAGGGAACAACUGGUCGGGCGCCACCACCUGUGUGUCUGGCUAUGUCUGCACAUACCAGAAUGAGUGGUACAGCCAAUGUAUUCCGGGGACUGUCACCUCGUCCUCGACAACCCUUACCACAACAACACGAACAACAAGUACGACCAGCACCACCACAACUACUAGGACUCCAGUUCCCUCGUCGACCGACUUCCCAUCAGCAAGUGGCCUGAACUUCACCAUCGACGGGGUAACAGACUACUUUGCGGGCUCCAACUCAUACUGGAUUAGCAUGCUAACCAAUGAUGCCGACGUUGACCUUGUCCUGGACCAUAUUGCCGAUUCAGGACACAAGAUCCUGCGUAUCUGGGGCUUCAACGAUGUCAAUACUGAGCCCGGGACCGGUCAGGUAUGGUUCCAGAAGCACUCAGGGGGUGUUUCGACCAUCAACACCGGGCAGUACGGAUUGCAGCGCCUGGAUGCUGUGGUCAGCUCUGCUGAGGAACGCGGCGUCAAGCUAAUCAUCAACUUUGUUAACAACUGGGAUGACUACGGCGGUAUGACAGCGUACCUCAAUGCCUAUGGUGGCACUACAAAGACCGACUGGUACACCAACGCCAACAUCCAAGCAGCUUACCGGACUUACAUCAAGGCCGUCAUUGACCGCUUCAUCGACUCUCCGGCUAUCUUUGCCUGGGAACUGGCCAAUGAGCCUCGCUGCAAUGGCUGCGACACAUCUGUUCUGUAUGAUUGGAUCUCGGACACCAGUGCUUACAUCAAGUCCUUGGACCCGCUGCACAUGGUUACAAUUGGCGACGAGGGCUUUGGGUUGUCCACGGGCUCCGAUGGGAGUUACCCCUUUAGCUUCGGUGAGGGACUCGACUUCGCGGCCAACCUGGCCAUUGACACUAUCGACUUUGGCACCUUCCAUCUCUAUCCCGGCAGCUGGGGCGUAUCGUACGACUGGGGCAAUCUCUGGGCCAGAACCCACGGUGCAGCUUGUGCGGCGACUGGCAAGCCGUGCCUGUUCGAGGAGUAUGGCGCACCCUCCGAUCAUUGUGCGAUCGAGGUCCCCUGGCAGAAAACCGCCGUCAGCUCCACGGGGAUCGCGGGUGACUUGUUCUGGCAGUGGGGAGAUACGCUGAGUUCCGGCCAGACCCAUAAUGAUGGGAACACCAUCUACUAUGGCUCGGACGAGUACACAUGCAUGGUGACCGAGCAUAUGGAGCGCAUUGCUGCACGGUAG